AUGGCCGAGGCAACGGCUGGCAACCAAGCCGAGCAGCGCGAUAUGCACACCGAAAUCACUGCAAUCCGGAAUACUGUCGAAGUAGCCAGCAGUACGAAUCUACCUGAGCACAAAGACCAGCGAAAGAUGUUGCAGGAUCUUCUAGAUCUGGUCCGGGGAUUAAAGAUCGACGUCCAUUCUGGACAAAUUGUGGCCCAGACUGAGCGAGCACAGAUCUACCGAUCUAUUUGUGACGUGAAGUCAACUCAAAUUCUUCAUGUCCUGGCUUCUCAGUGCCUCAUUGACUAUGAAGCAAGCUUACAGACAUCAAAAACUCACCGCGAUCGACGGAGAUCUCUCAAAUCAACGCCGUUCUGGAAGUCUCGUGAUCUCCAAGCCUGGAACAAGUCUCCAAUUUCUUCCUUAUUCCUGCUUAAGGUCCGUAUCGCCGAUAGACAGUCUGCUCAGGAUUUCUGCACCAAUGCCAUUCAACAACUUCUGCAAGCUGGAAUUACCAGUCUCUGGAUUUUGAGACCCCGAUAA